CGUCAAUUAUCGGCGAGCCGCCACAUAUUCUUUCAAUAGAAACAAUUUUAGCAAUAUUAAUAAAUGCAUUGAUUACAUCUACCUGCAAGCCGGCGCAAUGGACACAUAUACUGUGGAUAUUGUAUAUCAAGCUAUAAGUGCAUUAUUCCAAGGCACCAAUCCCAAGGAGCAGGAAAAAGCCAAUAAAUGGCUACAGGAGUUUCAAAAGUCGAUCUAUUCAUGGACCAUUGCAGACGAGCUGCUGCACCAGAAACGAGAUUUGCACGCCAACUACUUUGCCGCUCAGACGAUACGUAACAAAAUACAAAACUCCUUUAGCGAGCUGCCUCCCCACACACACGAAUCUCUGCGAGACUCCCUGAUCACGCAUAUAGCACAGAUCGACGAGCAGACGGACAAUGUGAUCGUAACUCAACUCAGUCUGGCCGUGGCGGAUCUGGCGCUGCUAAUGGCCACGUGGCAGGAACCCAUUAGUGAUCUGAUAAAAGCGCUUGUUCCACAUCCUGCGGCUAUUUGGCCAUUGCUGGAGAUACUGAAGGUGCUACCCGAGGAAAUUGAUUCGCGGUAUUUGCGCUUGGGCGCCAAUCGACGGGAACAGGUGCACAAGCAGCUGGACGCCAGUGCUGAAUGUGUAUUAGAAUUUUUGUGCAUGUGCUCGCAGCGCAAGGAUCUAGACCAGCAACGGAUUUGGAUUGCCACACUGCGCACGUAUAGCGCCUGGCUGGUCAUACAAGCGUUCCCUCUCUCCCACAUCUGCGACAAUGCGCUCUCCCAGCUCGCCUUCCGUCUCCUCAACCAGCCAGCGGAAACGUCGGGCAAACUGCACGACAAUGCCACCGAAUGUGUCUGUGCGCUGCUCAGCUGCAUGGGCUCGCGCAGCGGCCAAUUGGAGGUCGACCCCCAGGUGACGCGCAUAUUUGAGGCAGUCUGUCAACUGGAGACGGCGUAUCACUUGAGUGUCGCCCACGAGGACACCGACAAGACGAUCAACUAUUGCCGGAUCUUCACAACACUCUGCGAUGCCUUCUCCGUGGAUAUCUUUGAAUCACAGUACGCGAUGAAGGGCCUGGAUCUGGUGUUGCUGUGCGUCGGUCAUUUCGACUACGAGGUGGCCGAGGUCACCUUCUAUUUGUGGUAUAAACUCAGCGAGGAUCUGUUCCAGCGGUACGACGAAAAGCUAACGGCGCGCUUCAGGCCGCACAUUGAGCGGCUGAUCAGCGCUCUCUUUCGACACGCACAAAUGGAGAGCGAUCACGAUGGCCUCAUCGAAGAGAACAAUAAUUUCUAUGACUUUCGUCGCAAGGUUUCGGAUCUGUUGAAGGACGUGGCAUUCAUUGUUGGGUCUGGCGCAUGUUUUAAGCAAAUGUUUAUUAUUCUACAAGAUCCAACCACAACGUGGGAGUCCACCGAGGCGGCGCUCUUUGUUAUGCAAAAUGUGGCCAAGAAUAUAUUGCCCGAGGAGAACGAUGUGAUACCCAAGGUGGUCGAGGCGAUACUUAAUAUGACGGAUCAAACGCACAUUGCGGUGCGGUAUACAUCGAUAAUGCUCAUUGGAGAACUGUGUGACUGGAUUGAGAAUCACUCGGACUUGCUCGAGGCUGUGCUCAACUUUCUGCUGUACGCACUGCAGCAGAAGAACGGGUUGGCGCCGGCGGCGGCGAUAGCACUCACCUCCAUCUGUUCGGCAUGCAGGCAGAAAAUGAUCUGCCACAUCAGCGGCCUGGUGCAGAUAGCGCACAGCCUGGACAGCUUUCAGAUAAAUAAUGAUGUAGCCAUUGGGCUGCUGAAGGGCAUAUCGCUGAUCUUGACGAAACUGCCACGUGAGCAGCUGCAGCCAGCGUUGCGAGAGAUUGUGGGAUUCCAGUUGCAACCGCUAGUGCAGUUGGUGGAGAGCGGUCACUGCGAUCCGGCAAAGAAUGAGCGGAGUGAUCCCGUCUAUUGGAUUGAUCGUGCCUGCGCUAUUAUAAGACACACGAAUCCCGAUGUGCCCGACAACGUGGAACAUCCGACAGUUGCAAUAUUAAAUGACGCCUGGCCGCUCAUCUCACGCGUGCUGGAGAAGUACCAGAGCGAGUCGCGCAUCAUGGAGCGCACCUGCCGACUGAUACGCUACGGCAUUCGCAUGGUGCGCAAGCAAGCAGUGAUGCUAGUGGAGCCGCUGAUAAAACAGAUCGUUGUGCUCUACGCGGUGCAACAUCACAGUUGUUUCCUGUAUGUUGGCUCCAUAUUGGUGGAUGAGUUUGCCAAGUCGAAUGAAUGCAUUACGGGAUUGCUGGAAAUGCUGCAGGCCUUCAUCGAGCCUACGUUUGCAUUGCUGCAGUUGGAGAACGGAUUACGCAACAAUCCCGACACAGUCGAUGAUUUCUUUCGACUGGCCUCACGUUACCUAGACUGCUGUCCAUUGCAGCUGCUCCAGAGCAGCCUGAUCACGCCCAUCUUCCAGUGCGCACUGAUUGCCUGCUCGCUGGACCAUCGGGAGGCCAACUCGUCGGUGAUGAAGUUCUUUAUCAAUCUGCUCACCUGGGGGCGCAGCAACAACCAUCGGCAUAGCGAGUGCCGGCCGCUGGUCAUUGAGUUGGCCACGCAGCAUGGCGGCGCUCUGGUCAUGAAUCUGAUACAGGCGUCCGUCUUCCAGCUGCACUCCUACAUGCUCGCCGACGUCGCCGAGGUGCUCAACGAACUGAAACAUGUGGUUACACAGGCACAGAUGCAGCCGUUCCUAGCCCAUGCGCUCGACUCGCUGCCCAAAAAGAAUAGCGGCGGCUACGUGACUGCCACACAACAGCAAUUGGAUGAGUUCAGUAAUACGGUGCUGAGGGCUGACACCACAAAGGCCGUUGCACAGGCACUGAAAACAUUUACGCGACUCUACCGUUGAAGCAAUUAGAAGCUGCACCGCUGUACCACUGCACCASCACCACAUCCACAACCAUCAUGACAUUGGUGCGAUUUGCAUAUUGUCUCCGAGAAAUUGUACAUUUUAAAUUAUGUAUACGCAAUGUUGAGUAGCCGCUGAGCACCCCCAAGACUUGCCAGCUUAUUGGAUGGAUGCAUGCGAUCGUUUUAGACAUGCAACUAUAGUUGGCUAGCGUUGGCGAGCGAGCCUCAAAAAACGUAU